GACAAAUCUUUCAGAGUCAACUUACUACAAUUAGUUGGUCAAUUGACUAACGCGGUAGAUCAGUAAAUUUUACCGGUAGUAAAAUUUUUUAUAUUUUUCUAGAAAAUUAAAGAAGUUUCGUUAAAGGACAAUGGUGGCAAAAGAUUUGAUAUCAUUUGAUAAUGAAGUAUUCAGCGCCUAUGUCUUCUGGUCGGCUGUUUUGGUUUUGAAACUUUUGUUCAUGUCAUUGCAUACGGGUAGGCUCCGCUUCAAAACACGGACCUUUCAGAAUCCCGAGGAUUUGAUUAAAAAAGGUUUUAAAGUGGGAUUCGAUAAUCCCGAUAUACAACGCGUGCGCAGGGCACAUCUCAACGAUCUGGAAAACCUUUUGCCAUUCUUCGUGAUUGGUUUCCUCUAUGUGCUGAUCGAUCCAGCCCCGGCUCUGGCCAUCAAUCUCUUCCGUGCUGUUGGCAUUGCGCGUAUUGUACACACAAUAGUCUAUGCUGUUGUUGUUAUGCCACAACCCAGUCGCUUAAUAGCGUACUCGAUUGGUUUGAAUGCAACAAUCUACAUGGGCUUCCAGGUAGUGAUUGCCGCUUUGUAAAAAUGCCUUGUGGACUUUGAGCAAUGAUUUUCACUUUCGAGUAAAACAUCUUAUGGAAAUAAAAAAAAGCUGUCUAUACAAGCACUUGACCUUGA